UCAUGGAUUUGAACCAUAUUUCUACAUCCAUUGUCCUCCUGGAAUGGGUUCCGAUGAUAUCUCUCAUUUACAGCAAAUCCUUGAGGAAAGGAUGAGAGAAGCCAAUAGAAAUAGUAAUGCAGAAAAAUUCAUUCGCUGCAUUGAGAUGGUGCAGAAGAGAAGUAUUAUGUACUAUCAGCAAUCAGAUUCUCAGUCCUUUCUAAAAAUUGUAGUUGCACUCCCAACCAUGGUUGCCAGUUGUCGUGGUAUUCUUGACAGGGGUAUUCAACUUGAUGGUCUAGGAAUGAAAACAUUCUUGACUUAUGAAAGCAGUGUACCUUUUUCCCUACGGUUUAUGAUUGAUUGCAAAAUUGUUGGUGGAAAUUGGAUUGAAAUUCCAGUGGGAAAAUAUAAGAAGAUAGUGGAAAGCAUGUCUUAUUGCCAGUUGGAGUUUGAUUGUCUGCAUUCUGAUUUGAUUAGUCAUGCUCCAGAAGGGGAAUAUUCAAAGAUGGCGCCAUUUCGCAUAUUGAGUUUUGACAUUGAGUGUGCUGGUCGUAAAGGUCAUUUUCCCGUGCCUAGUCAUGAUCCUGUUAUCCAGAUUGCCAAUUUGGUUACUUUACAAGGAGAAGACCAUCCGCUUAUUCGCAAUGUGAUGACCCUUAAAUCAUGUUCUCCUAUUGCUGGUGUUGAUGUGAUGUCAUUUGAUACGGAAACAGAAGUCCUACUAGCCUGGAGGGAUUUCAUUCGGGAAGUGGACCCUGAUAUUGUUAUUGGAUAUAACAUCUGCAAAUUUGACCUGCCAUAUCUUAUUGAGAGAGCCGCAAAGCUGAAGAUAGAAGAAUUUCCAAUUCUUGGCCGUAUUAGGAGCGGUAGAGUUCGGGUAAAGGAUUCAACUUUCUCAUCGAGGCAGUUGGGGACUAGGGAAAGUAAAGACGUUACAAUAGAAGGGAGAGUUCAGUUUGACUUAUUCCAGGUUAUGCAAAGAGACUACAAAUUAAGUUCUUAUUCACUAAAUUCUGUCUCAGCACACUUCCUUUCUGAGCAGAAAGAGGAUGUCCAUCAUUCUAUUAUAUCUGAUCUCCAUUAUGGAACCGCAGAAACUAGGAGGCGCCUUGCUGUGUAUUGUUUGAAGGAUGCAUAUCUCCCUCAGCGGCUUUUGGAUAAAUUGAUGUUCAUUUACAACUAUGUGGAGAUGGCUCGAGUAACAGGGGUUCCAAUUUCUUUUCUACUUUCCAGAGGCCAAAGCAUUAAGGUACUUUCUCAACUUCUUAGGAAGGCGAGACAGAAGAAUCUUGUCAUUCCUAAUGUCAAACUGGUUGGGUCUGAACAAGGAACAUUUGAAGGUGCCACUGUGUUGGAGGCAAGGGCCGGAUAUUAUGAAAAACCAAUCGCUACGUUAGAUUUUGCAUCCCUGUAUCCAUCUAUUAUGAUGGCCUAUAAUUUAUGUUAUUGCACUCUGGUGACUCCUGAAGAUGCUCGUAAGCUCAACAUCCCUCCAGAGUUUGUGAACAGAACUCCAUCCGGUGAAACAUUUGUUAAAUCAAAUCUGCAGAAGGGAAUACUUCCUGAAAUUCUUGAAGAGCUACUAACAGCCCGUAAAAGGGCAAAAGCAGACUUAAAGGAGGCAAAGGAUCCUCUGGAGAGGGCAGUGCUAGAUGGUAGGCAGCUGGCCCUGAAAGUUAGUGCAAAUUCCGUGUAUGGGUUUACUGGGGCUACCAUUGGUCAGUUACCAUGUUUAGAGAUAUCAUCGAGUGUAACAAGCUAUGGUCGACAAAUGAUUGAGCACACGAAAAAACUUGUGGAAGAUAAAUUUACUACACUUAAUGGCUAUGAACACAAUGCUGAGGUAAUAUAUGGAGACACGGAUUCAGUCAUGGUAAGAUUUGGUGUUUCUGACGUAGACCAGGCUAUGAACUUGGGGAGAGAAGCUGCCGAAUUUAUAAGUGGAACUUUCACAAAGCCCAUCAAACUAGAAUUUGAGAAGGUUUAUUAUCCAUAUCUCUUAAUUAGCAAGAAGAGAUAUGCUGGUUUGUUGUGGACAAAACCAAACGACUUCGACAAAAUGGACACUAAAGGAAUUGAAACAGUUCGAAGAGACAACUGUUUGCUGGUCAAAAACCUGGUGAAUGAUUGUCUUCACAAAAUACUGAUUGACAGAGACAUUCCAGGGGCUGUCCAGUAUGUCAAGAAUGCAAUUUCAGAUCUUUACAAGAAUCGGAUGGAUUUAUCACAGCUGGUUAUUACAAAAGGUUUAACGAAGUCAGGAGAUGACUAUAAAGUAAAGGCAGCUCACGUUGAACUUGCUGAAAAGAUGCGCAAGCGAGAUGCUGCCACUGCUCCUAAUGUUGGAGACAGAGUACCAUAUGUAAUUAUCAAAGGUGCAAGAGGUGCGAAGGCAUAUGAGAAAUCAGAAGACCCUAUUUAUGUUCUAGAGAACGACAUACCAAUAGAUUAUCAAUAUUAUGUUGACAAUCAAAUUAGCAAGCCGAUUCUGAGAAUUUUUGAGCCAAUCUUGAAGAAUGCUAGGAGCGAACUUCUCCAUGGAAGUCAUACAGAAUCGAUUUUUAUUUCUUCUAGUACUCCAUCAAACCGUGGCCAAUCGAAAUUACCUUUUCCUAAAAUGCUUAAAUGCAUUGGCUGUAAAACUGUAUUAGGCAAGGAUCAUCAUACGGUCUGUUCAGAUUGCACAGAAAGGAAGGCUGAGCUAUACUGUAAAACAGUGUCUCAAGUGUCUGAGCUGGAGAAGCUUUUUGGGAGGUUGUGGACUCAGUGUCAGGAGUGCCAAGGUUCACCUUAUGAAGAUGUUCUCUGCACAAGUCGGGAUUGUCCAAUUUUUUAUCGACGAAAAAAGGCACAGAAAGAUUUGUGCAAAGCAAGCUCAGAAUUGGACAGAAUCAGUCCGGAUACUCCAAGGAGUAGGAAGAGUUUGUUUGGAUUCAAGGGUGAACUGGUUGGGAUGUAUUGACCAGAAUUUGAUCAAAGUUGACUACUGCUUUGACCAUUUGUCCUGUUUGACCAGCUGAUUGCCCUAUCAAAGGUUGACACGUGGAAAUGCACUUUCUCUCUCCAGAAUUAGGGUUUCUGCCUCCAUGGUUUGUGCAUCCAUGAUGGAUUGUGGCUGCCACAAUGGUGGUUGUGCUGCUGUGGUGGAAUGAUGCGUUGACGUCUGUUGCGUUCUCCGAUGGACGCAAGAAUAGUUUCAUGGUACGGAUGCAAAACGUGGUAGUUGCGUCUUUCUUUUUCGCCAAUGGAGGUGCUGUUACGAGUAAGCUGCUUGCACCGUGGAGAUGAAGAUGGUGCAGGUUCAUAGCGUUUCUUCUAGUGAUGCGAACUGUCGCUGGUACCUUCGUCUUCGCGGUGGUACGAAGCGAAUCUGGUUCGUUGCACGGAAGAUGUAGAUCUGUGGUGGCGCGACGUCGAGGUGUAGGAAUGGCGUGGAAGAUCACGUACGGUGGUGGAGUUGCGAGAUUCGAACAACUGCGAGGUUGUAGUUCUGGCUGACGGUGAUGCUGGAUCGCGCGGUGCAGGUGAGGUGGCUUUUGACGCAAGUGCAGGUUUCGGUACUGCAGUUGUUUGCGUCGUGGUCGCGCUUCCAUGGUGGUUGCUCGCGUUGAGAUAUGGCAAGGUCCAUGGUGGCCAGAGGUUGACCGUGUGAUGGUGGUGGGAGAGGAGAAAGAUUAAGAUUUCUUUUUGGGAAGGAGAUGAUGACGUGGCAAGCUCUGAUUAGUCAAUUUAGUGAGUGGAGGAUUAUGACACAUGUCAUCAUGUGGUUGGACAGAUUAAUUAGUGGAGGAUUGGCACAUGGCAUGAUCUGGUUGAGUGGAGUUUAAGUGGUAGGAAGGGUGCAACUUAGUAAAAACUAGGGGUGCAGAACAGGUUUUUUAGGUGGUCCACUUGUAGGAGGAAUGUGUAAAAUAAAAAUUGGGGGUGUUAUUCCUUUCCAGGAUUUUCUGAUUUUUGACUUAUUUUGUAACUUUGAAUAUUUCAAAUCCACACUGUUAAUGACUCAAAUUAAACUUCAGUUGCAUCAAUAAACGUUAGAAUAUCCAAUAAUAUUUUAUGCAACUAAAAUCAA